UAGCCUGAUCCACGCGAGUGUAGCAGAGUCGUCGCGGAUACGAAGAUAAGAUACCCGGUGGAGUCGAGCAGGAUACGAUCUGAGAAGACUGUUUUCACAAAUCAACAACCAUGAGUCUGUUAACAAAGCCCAAGUCAGAGAUGACCCCCGAGGAGCUCCAGAAACGGGAGGAAGAGGAGUUCAACACCGGUCCUUUGUCGGUGCUCACCCAGUCGGUGAAGAACAACACUCAGGUCCUCAUUAACUGUCGCAACAACAAGAAGCUGCUCGGAAGAGUCAAGGCCUUUGACAGGCACUGCAACAUGGUCUUGGAGAAUGUGAAGGAGAUGUGGACGGAAGUUCCCAAGAGCGGGAAAGGAAAGAAGAAGUCCAAGCCCGUGAAUAAGGACCGCUACAUUUCUAAGAUGUUCCUCAGAGGGGACUCCGUCAUCAUCGUGCUGAGAAAUCCUCUGAUCACAGGAAAAUAAACUCUUUGUAGGCGUCCAGCUGGAUCGGUCACAGAGCCCUUUUUCCUUUUUGUUGAAUGGUUUGAAGGCAGUGGACUGAAAUGAAUGGAAACCUGUUUGUUUUGUCAUUGGAUUACUGCAGUCAUUGGGUAAGAUACAAAUAGUCAAAAUGAUGUCUACGUUUUUUUUGGAGAGCCAUUUAGUCACAAGAAUACCUGCUUUUGCGUUGUCAACAGAAGUCCUCUGUCUUUUUCAUUUUGAUAAUAAAAGUGAUGGAUAGAUUCAA